UUUGUGGACAUCAACCCCAAGGGAAGGAAUCUUAUGGGAGUGCAAUUUGUGCUGUGGUCUGGUGGGUUUUGGUUGAAGAACAAUGGUUCAAAUUUCUAUAUAAGCCUGAAAUCAGUGAAACCAACAUCUGGAAAGGGUGAAGGGUAUGGAACAAAAAUUUGCAAGUGGUUGCUUGAUGAAAUAUCUGAGAGAGAAAAGGAUGCUGAAAGGUCAUUGAUGCACAGAUUCAGCAUUGCAAAAGAGUUGACAGAACAAUGUAAAAAUGAAGGGGAGUUGGGUCUUAUUGGUAUUCUGGUAUGGUUGCGGUUCAUGGCAUGCAGACAACUUUGUUGGAAUAAGAAUUACAAUGUGAAACCACG